AUGUCGUUGGAGAUUUUAGCUCAAGAAAAAGUGUGGCUCGAUAAAUCGAAAUUUGCUGAUGCAGAACGUGUGUAUUAUGAAAAACUAUCAAAGAAUAAGGCGGAAAAAACUAUUACUAGUGGUGGUAAUUCAUGUGCUACGACAAUAUCAAAUACCGGUUGUGAGGCCCCUCGCAAGAAUGUGCUGAUAGCUGAAAUUGAAAAGGUUCGUCAAUAUUUGCGCGAGAAAGUUCUAAGUAUUGAUGCAAUUGAUGAAUCUUCUGUCAUUUGUUCAAGGGAUACUGAAAGUUCCAAUACAAUCAAUGCUAUUACUGAUUUGAAAAAUGCUUUUCAAAAAUUGGAAAUCCGUGUUAGUGUGUUGGAAGGAAAAUCUCCAAGUAGUUCAUCAAGUAAUUCAAGUUCAUUAAAUCAAGAUAUUGAACAAUUACAAAGUCUUAUGGUACAGUUAGAAGCUCGUGUUAAAUCAUUGGAAACCCAAAAAGCAGCACAGUCUCCUUCUAAACCGGAAGAAAAAGAAACACCUAAAAAAAAUGACGAGGAAGAUGAUGAUGUAGAUUUGUUUGGAUCAGAAUCUGAAGAAGAAACUGAAGAGGCAGCAAAACUUAAAGCCCAGAGGGUAGCUGAAUAUUCUGCUCGGAAAUCUAAGAAGCCAACUCUUAUUGCAAAGUCAAACAUAAUAUUGGAUGUUAAACCAUGGGACGAUGAAACUGAUAUGAAGGAAUUGGAAAAGGCAGUGCGUAAAGUUGCUACUGACGGUUUACUGUGGGGAGCAUCUAAGCUGGUUCCGUUAGCUUAUGGGAUACAUAAGCUUCAAAUUAGUUGUGUUGUUGAAGACGAAAAAGUAUCAAUUGAUUGGUUACAAGAGACAUUACAAGAAAUCGAAGACUUUAUACAAAGUGUUGAUAUUGCAGCUUUCAACAAAAUUUAA